CUUCUGAUAUUAGACCGUGUUUACACACUGCAGCUUUGUUUUUCAGAAUACUAUAACAAGCGGAUAAUGGUAACAGGAGGUUUCCUGGAUUUAUAUAAAGAACUGAGAGACCUUUUUUUUUAGGGGAACCUAGAUCUUAUUAUGGAGUCUCUGUCUCGGACCAGAGCAACACUGUUUCUGGCAGUGACUGGCCUUGGGGCUGCUGUGAUAGUCAGCUGGUUCUUUCUAACUAAGCGGAGAAGAAACAGAAGUCUCAGAAAGGUGGGAGAAGUUUCUCAUCUUUUUCUGUACCCCGUCAAGUCUUGCAGAGGGACAUCCAUACCCGAAGCAGAGUGUAAACCGUUUGGCUUGCAGAGUGGAAAUCUGAAAGACAGACAUUGGCUUGUUGUAAAAGAGAACAAAGUGCAUGUUACAGCUCGGCAGGAACCACAAAUGGUGCUGAUUAUGGCAUCCUGGGACAAGGAUAAAUUAACCCUCAGGGCACCAGAAAUGGAACACCUGCAAAUCCCACUGAAGCUCCCCUCAUCGAAUGGAAUAUUCACCUGCAAAGUUCACGGCAAUGAGGUUUGUGGCCGGGAUUGUGGCGAUAAAGCCUCUCAGUGGAUCACCAGCUUUUUGAAAAGUAAAGAGGUGUAUCGCUUGGUUCAGUUUGAGGACAAUAUGAAACCCAGGAACCCAAAGAACGAGUAUGAGAAAUACACAGAUCAUGAUAAGGUGGCGUAUCCUGACCUGAGUCCUCUUCUUCUGCUUUCUGAAGCCUCAGUUGAUAAUCUGAACACCAAACUUCAGAAGAUGGUCACAAUCCGUAAUUUCCGUCCCAACAUUGUUGUUACAGGGUGUGAGGCACACGAAGAGGAUUCAUGGGAAGAAGUGCAGAUUGGGACCAGUGUGACCUUGAAGCGAGUUAUGCCAUGCCCAAGGUGUAUACUGACCACUGUGAAUCCCGACACUGGAGUCAUUGAUAUGAAAGAACCUCUUGAGACCAUGCGCAGUUAUCGCUUGCAUAAUCCCUUGGACCAAGGUAACUUCAAAAUGUCCCCUUUGUUUGGGCAAUAUGUAAGAAUACAGCAAACUGGCAUUAUUAAAGUUGGCGACCCAGUGUACCAGAUUACAUAUUGAACAAGCGCGGAAAGUGACUUUAUUCAAUCGUUAACUCUUCUAUGACAAUGUGCUCUGUGUUUGGCAAAAAUCCUGCUCCAAAUUUAAGCUUUGAUUCCCAAUAUUCCAGGAAAGGAGCUGAAAACAAGGAAUGUCACUGACUCCCCAGCUCCUCUACCAACACACCAGUAAUGGGGAGUGGGCUGAAUUAAAGACAUCAUUAAAGAUACAGUCCCCUGCUGACGGGGACUAUAACUCCCUCUAGAGCAGAGAAGGCUGAGACAGA